GCCGCGUCCUUCCUUCUAGAAGUCCUGUCAUGCAUGAAUGUCUCGAUCUAAGCGCGUCUGAUCUUUUUUUUUUCAAGUAGGAAAGCAGAGCUUUUUUGUUAUACCCGGCAUGGGUGAUCAGAGGGAGCCGACAAUGGUACAGAAGUCGACUUCAUUUAGCAUCAAAAGCCUCCUGCUCCCGUCCAGAAUUGACAGCCAGGACACCGGGAUCGCAGGAAAAAGCGUCCCAGUUUUGGGGUCAAAUUCAGAAAAAUCUUCGGAACCAUCGGAAAUGGACUCUGCAGCUUUCGAACACGAGCAAGCGAAAGACGAGUACGACUCUUCUCCAGAAGCGGAGAAGCCUUCGAAGCAGGGGAAGAUUGGUAAGUACGACAAGCCGCCGUUCAGUUACAACGCGCUCAUCAUGAUGGCUAUUCGACAGAGCCCGGAAAAGCGACUUACUUUGAAUGGUAUCUAUGAAUUCAUUAUGAAGAAUUUCCCUUACUACCGAGACCACAAGCAAGGCUGGCAGAACUCAAUCAGGCACAACCUGAGCCUCAAUAAGUGUUUUGUAAAAGUACCGCGACACUACGACGAUCCAGGAAAGGGAAAUUACUGGAUGUUGGACCCCUCCAGCGAUGAUGUAUUUAUCGGUGGAACCACGGGUAAGCUCCGACGACGGUCGUCGACUUCAAGGGGAAAGUUGGUGAUGAAAAGGGGUCUCCGCUUCGCGCCCCUCGGACUCGGCGAACGCGUGAGCAAUCCCCUUUGCUGGCCGUUGUCUCCUUUUAUACCCUUACACCACCCACAUUACAGCGGGUGCUCGCGCGGAUUUCUUAACCACGGACAAAGUUAUGGAUCACUUCUUCCAAGCGUGGAGCCUAUCAACGGGGACGUUUCUCGUCCAAUGCUUGGAGCCUCCACGGGCAGCAUCAGUUUGUCUAACGGAUACAGCGUGAGCUCGCCACCCGCUGGAUUACUAUCAGGGCACAAUGGGUAUUUUGUACCCGGAGCGCAACAAUCUCAGGCGCUUCAGAGCGGACCCGGGUAUGGAAUCUCAAGCUCUUCGCCCACGUUGCUGUCGGAUUCUCUAAGAACUACCAUGCCGUCGUUUCCCUCAACAUUUUCGAGUGGAUUUUCAGUUCUGUCGCCUCCUAAAAGGCUCGCGCCAAAUUCUUUCCUUAGCUGAGCGUUGGACGUUAACAAAACCGACAGAACAAAACGUCCCCAGAACUUCCCUUCUCACAACACACAACAUGCAAGCUCUUCUUUUGUGUUCCUCGUGGACUAAGUGUUUUUUUGUUUUGUUUUUUUAAUUUGUUGCUGGUUUAUUAUUUAAAGUAAUUUUGUAACAAUAGUAUAAUGGCAUACCAAAGGCGUUACAUAGGCCUAUAUGUGUUUUUAUAAAUAAUUAAAUUAAUUUAAAGAUUGGCUAUUUCUUUGUAAAUUAUGUAAUGCAUGUUUUGUAUUUAUUGAAAAUAUCGAUAACAUGCCUAUCUAGUCUAAUCUUGUGGUCUCAUAAACAGAAUAAUUUUAUUAUUCCUCACCUUUGUGACAUUUAAUUGUGAAUACGCCUUAACACGUUCCGCCUGGGGUUUACACUAGUGAAGGUGUACGUGAACUCGCCUCCUUACGCGUGCUAACAAUACUACAGUCAACACACAUCAAGCCGAUAUGCAGUGAUUGCCAACUGAUUUACCUCUUUUUUUGCAAGGCGAAGACAUUUGGCUUGGUUUCUAAGAUGCUAUAGGUGUUGGUCUUUAUCUCAGGAUAAAUGACAUAAAAAAGCAAGGCUAUUGCAUUAAAAACAAACAAGCAAGCAAACAAUAAAAACUGGUCAGUUCUGCAAAACUGCAUAUUAUCGUUCUGUCACGCGCGCGCAAUGACGACUAUUCAGAAAGCCCUCAAAAUGACAGACUAUUAUUUCCUAACAAUAUUCUAAAGGGUUUAAAUUCGGAAAUGGGGAGAUUAAUAACUGGAUGUUUAUCUUCGUUGACAUUUCAGUUCACUGAUAUGACAAUUACCCUGAUUGCUGUAAUUUGGUCGCCUCACCCCCUAAUACAUAUUUCAAUUUCCGUUCAAAUAUCUCGUGUCUUUCCCGGUGAAUCUUCGAGAAAUUCUCUUUGUAAAAAUGUAGCUUAAAUUUUUGCACCUUUAUUUAGUCA